UGGUUCCUUGAGAUUGGACCAUCACGUUUCUCCGCUGUAGUAUCCGAUGACACUGGCAAUACACGAAAAUGUCGUCGGAUUGUGAAAGACAACCAACCACAUAUUCUCAAUCUUCAAGACUGUACACAUUUGCUGAGAAACACCUCCAAGGAGCUCCAACGUGUUGCAGAAUUCAUACCGGUAAAGAAUAGUAAUCUCAGAAUAUGCAUCAGCUCAAUGGCUACCGCAGAUUGUCGCCCAAGCCUGGAAUGGAUUGCUGACCACCGAUUUGCCACUAUGUAUUGGACCAGGCUCUCAAUCGAACGUGGUCUUCCCGCAUUCCGUGCAAUCGUCGGGAGCCCAGAGCUAGAGGAUUAUACUGAUCUCUUCCGGGCGAACACGGUCGAGACGGCAGCAUUUGAAAAAGCGCUACAGAAACUCCUGUCCGUACUUGGUCCAGUCGCUUGCGCCAUUCAGUGCUUGGAGUCUUCGAAGGCUACGCUAGCUGAUGUUUACAUCUUCUGGCUUGCCAUUGUUGCGCAUCUCGAUGAACUAUUCCGUUCAAAAUCUCUGCGCUAUGAGCCGGAGACCAUUGAAGCUGUCAGAGAAAUUGUCAACCGCCGCUUUCAUCAACAGAUC